UGACUUUGAUUUGAAAAAAAAUUGACAUAAGGGGUGAUAGAAAUCCACGAAACCCACAGGGUAUUAGUAGUAGUAUCAGUGUCCGAACCGAACAGGAGGUAAAGAAAAAGAAGAGUAAGUUGAGAGACGACCUCUCGCGGUGUCUUCAAGUGUCGUGCAUGCAUUUUGUGCAUCUGUUUACUUUCCAUGCACUUACGCUCUCUCUCUCUAUAUAUAGUACACACACAUAUAUUAUCUUCGCUCUUUCAUUCCUCAAUAUAUACACCUGCACCGCCGUGGGAAAAACUCACCGUCACCGACCUCCACCGUCUCGAGUUGACCCCACUUCUGUCCGUCAGAGAUUCACUCUGACAUUCCAAGUCACCCACCAAAAUGGACUCUUUGUAAUGUUUGUAUACAUCUGAAUGUCGCAUUCACAAUUUCAUUUCUUAGAUUUGAACCAGAUCGGGUUUAGGUUUGAUUUGGGUCAAUGGCCGACAAGAUUUGCAUGAACGAAUUGUGCAAGGCGAAGACGACUCUCCAAUGGAAGAAAGGUUGGGGCUUUAAAUCAGGUGGAUUUGCAACUCUCUGUUACAACUGCGGAUCUGCCUAUGAGAAUUCAGUUUACUGUGAGACAUUCCACGUAGAGGAAUCUGGUUGGAGGGAAUGCAGAUAUUGUAGAAAGCAUAUCCACUGUGGAUGCAUCGCUUCAAAAUCUUUGCAUGACUUCCUGGAUUUUGGGGGUAUAGUGUGUAUAAGCUGCGCAAAGGGUUUACAAACUCGCUCAAUGAGACCAAUUCAGAUUUCAAAUGAUGAUAUUCCUAAUGGAUUUGGCACAUUGACAACAAAUAAUCUCGGUGACCAGCAAUCCUCUGUUCAUGAAAAAAGAAUGGAUGGCAUCAGUGUUGAUAACGGGAAGGUUGUGCAGUCGAGCAAGAGUAAGGAGGAAAAGAAUCUCAGCCACUUCCUUCAAACUCAGAAGGGUGAGACUAGUUCAUCUAUGGGGCAAUUGAAUCGAGAAGACAUCAUGUGUCCUAUUGGGGAAGCCAUUACAGGCUUUUCAGAUCUGAUGCAGCAGCCUGUUGGAUCGUCUAUGUUUUCCAGUCCAGACACCUGUAUGAAAAGACAGGGUGUUAAAGAUAUGUAUGAAUCAGUAGCUCAGCCAUCCUUGAAGUUCUCUUUGAGCACUCCUUUGAGUACACCGAAUUCUGCACUGCCUUUUCCUGGUGGGAUUGUGGAAGGAAGGGAACAAGGCAAAGUUCCUCCUUUUCAACAAGGGCCAAGGACACGCCAUAUUUUGCCUAAGCCUCCCAAAAGUGGCCUCACUCUAGGUCCAGAGGCAAAUAAGGGGUUCGUUUCUCAGACUCGAGUUGCGAGGCCUCCAGCUGAAGGGCGAGGCCGCAAUCAAUUACUUCCACGGUAUUGGCCAAGGAUUACUGACCAAGAACUGCAGCAAUUAUCUGGAGACUUGAAUUCCAAUAUUGUACCGUUGUUCGAGAAAGUUUUAAGUGCCAGUGAUGCAGGUCGAAUUGGUCGUUUAGUCCUCCCCAAAGCAUGUGCUGAAGCAUAUUUUCCUCCUAUUUCCCAAUCAGAAGGUCUUCCACUAAGGAUUCAGGAUAUAAAGGGGAAAGAGUGGACAUUUCAGUUCAGAUUUUGGCCCAACAAUAACAGUCGGAUGUAUGUGUUAGAGGGUGUAACCCCUUGCAUACAGAAUAUGCAAUUACAAGCUGGUGAUACUGUGACUUUUAGUCGGAUAGAUCCUGGUGGUGAACUUGUCAUGGGCUUUCGGAAGGCAUCAAACUCUGUUGAUGUGCAGGAAGACCAAACAUAUGUUCCUCCUAAUGGUGCUCUCUCUGGAGAAACUUCUAUCUUUAAUGUUAAUGAAAACCUGCCUACACACGCGGGCAGGAAAAAUGAGAACUCAGUCCAGCAGCCAAUGCUGAUUCCGGAGAAGAAGAGGACUCGAAACAUUGGGUCAAAGAGCAAGAGGCUUCUGAUGCAUAGUGAAGAUGCUGUGGAGCUGAGAGUCACAUGGGGAGAAGCACAAGAGUUGCUUCGCUCACCCCCAUGUGAGCCAACUGUUUUCAUGGUUGGAGACCAUGAAUUUGAAGAAUAUGAUGACCCACCAGUUUUUGGGAAGAGGACUAUAUUCAGAGCUCAACCAUCUGGGGAACAGGAACAAUGGGCUCAGUGUGAUAGUUGCUCCAAGUGGCGGAAGUUGCCCGUGGAUGUUCUUCUCCCUCCAAAGUGGAUGUGUUCAGACAAUAUUUGGGAUUCAGGCAGAUGUUCAUGUUCUGCUCCUGAUGAGAUGAAUCCAAAGGAACUUGAAAGUUUUUCCAGAGUUGGCAAGGGUACGAAUGUUAAGAAGCGAAGACUUAAAGAAAGCCACAAGGUAGCCCAAGAAUGUGAGCCUUCUGGCUUAGACGCAUUAGCCACUGCUGCAGUUCUAGGGGACAAUGCGAGCGACUCAGGCGAACCUUCAGUUGGAGUGACCACGAGGCAUCCUCGGCAUCGCCCUGGCUGCUCUUGCAUCGUGUGCAUUCAGCCCCCAAGCGGAAAGGGCAAGCACAAGCCUACCUGUAUCUGCAACGUGUGCAUGACUGUGAAGCGUCGCUUUAAAACCCUCAUGAUGCGAAAGAAGAAACGCCAAUCAGAACGUGAGGCAGAGGUUGCCCAGGGGAGGGUCCAGCAGGUCCACCUCAAUGAUGAACCAGAAAUGGAGGACACAUCUGGACAUGCACUGCAACAGAUGGAUCAUUCAGAUAAUGAAAGAAGCCAAAGUAGAAUCCACAUCGAGUUGGGCGAGAGCAGCAAGGGACAACUAGACUUGAAUUAUCAUCCCAACCGCGAAGAAGACCAGUCAACGGAGGCAACAGGAGCGAACAUAACGAGCCUUGUUCACGAGGCAAGCUUUCCAUUGCAGAUGUACUUGAGGCAGAAUGGGUUCGCAGGGUUCUUGGGCGCCUCUUUGCCCUCACCAACUGCCAACAAGAGCGAGGACCACCCACCAGAUGAAGAGUGCCUUGCUUCUGUACUCCUGGAGCUCGAGAACAAGGAUGAUGGAGCAUAAUUUGAUCCCAAAUAUGUUGUAAUAGUUUUCUUUUUUGAAUUGUAAAUGUUUCUUACUUUUCUCAUAGGCGAUACUGUUGUAAUACCUCAUCACAGUUAAAAGAGUGCAAUAUGUUUUCUUUUUCUUC